AUGCAAGUACAAAAUGGAAAUCAAAUAGAAAACUCAUGCAGUGUGGUAGAAAGGACCAUUCCUGUCUGCCGAGAGUCCCGGAGAAAGCGUAAAAUCUACAUAGUUAAGUCUCCUGAAAGUCCACUUAAGUGUAACACACAGACAAGUUCUCCCCAGGUGCUAAAUUCUUCAGCUUCCUAUUCGGAGCCUAGAAACCAACCAGUUCACUCUUCCUUAGCUUUUCCCUGGACUUUUCCAUUUGGAAUUGAUCAGAGGCUUCAAUCAGAGAAGGUUAAGCAGGUAGAAAAUCCCAGGACUUUAGAACUACUGGGCCCAUCUGAGGCAGCUAGAAGAAUGACUGAUUAUGUGACAUGUGAGAGUACAAAGGCUAAUUUGCCUCUGGUUACUGAAGACAAUGUACGGGUCAAAGUGGAAAGGUUAAGUGAUGAGGAAGUUCAUGAGGAAGUGUCCCAGCCUGUCAGUGCUUCGAGUUCCUUGAGUGAUCAGCAGACAGUGCCAGGAAGUGAGCAAGUUCAGGAGGAUCUUCUAAUUAUUCCUCAGUCUUCUUCUAUAGGCUCAGUAGAUGAAGGAGUCACUGAAGGACUACCUACACUUCAGAGCACCUCGGGCACUAAUACUCAUGCAGACGAUGAAGAUCGAUUGGAAAAUGUUCAGUAUCCCUACCAACUCUACAUUGCUCCUUCUACCAGCAGCACAGAACGACCAAGUCCAAAUGCUCCAGAUAGGCCUUUUCAGUGUCCAACUUGUGGGGUCCCAUUCACCCGCAUUCAGAACCUUAAGCAGCACAUGCUCAUCCACUCAGGCAUUAAACCAUUUCAGUGUGACCACUGUGGGAAAAAGUUCACCCGGGCUUACUCGCUAAAGAUGCAUCGCCUAAAGCAUGAAGGUAAACGCUGUUUCCGGUGCCAGAUAUGUAGUGCCACUUUCACUUCCUUCGGGGAAUAUAAACACCACAUGCGGGUUUCCCGGCACGUUAUCCGCAAGCCUCGGAUUUACAAGUGCAAAACUUGUGGCGCCAUGUUCACCAACUCUGGAAAUUUAAUCGUUCACCGGAGGAGUCUGAACCAUGAAGCGUCAGAGCUAGCAAACUACUUCCAGAGCAGUGAUUUCCUAGUACCGGACUACUUAAACCAGGAGCAAGAAGAGACCCUUGUUCAGUACGAGCUUGGAGAACAUAGUUUUGAAAGCAAUUCAUCUGUCCAAAUGCCUGUCAUUUCACAGGUCUCAUCAACUCAGAAUUGCGAAAGCACUUUUCCCUUGGGGUCUCUUGGUGGUCUGACAGAAAAAGAGGAAGAAAUGCCAGAGCAGCCAAAGACCAAUGCCAGUACUGAGACAAUUAGAGAUGACCCCCCAAAACUAGAGCUAUCUUCUAUUACUAUUGAAUAA